AUGCUAUUGAAAGUUUUGCAGACUAACUGGCCCACUACUUACCUCAUUCGCAGCUCUAUCUACCAGCAGACAGAUCAGGUCAGUCUGGUUCAUGGAAACAACUUCAGCCAACAUGUCCAGGAGAGGCCACCCUGCCAGUCAGGUUUCUACUGCCCACUGGGGAGCUUCUCUCCAAUCCCCUGUCCGAAGGGAAGCUAUGGGCCAACUGCUGGCGGUGUAUCCAUGGACAGCUGUCUGAAGUGUCCUCCUCACCACUUCUGUCCUAGACCAGGCCUGUCUGCUCCUAUGCCAUGUGGCCCUGUUGCUCAGCAGCCUCUGUCUGGCCAGGACAACUGUGUCUGCCCAGGAGUAGGACAGAGAUUUCAAGCCAGUGAUGGGCGGUGCCCCUGUACCCUUGGCUACCAACCUACCAACAAUGAAGAUGCUUGUGUACAGAAACUGUACGAUGUCUGCAGAAAUGGAAAUACACGUACACAGUAUGGCGAUUGUCUUGACAGAUAUCAGUGGUCACUUCACUGUAGGCAGCAGGUGUGUCAAUCUGCAGAGGACUAUCAGGGUUACGAUGGAGAGCUGGGUCUGUGUGUGUGCAGAGAGCCUCCUGGAAGAGCUGCAUGUGGAGGCCUGUGCAGGAGCAGUCCUGCCACUGAGCUGAGGCUCCAGUGUCGAUCCAGUGGAGAAAUGGAACUGGUAUGGAGCCAUGACAAUCAGGUGUCGAGCAUCUCAAGCAGUGUGCUAGAGACAGUUUUUAAACAGUGGGACUCCCAAGGGACAUUUCUGUGCAAAAGCCAUCUGAACUCUACACGUCCUGUCUACAUUGUUCAGACAACAGAGACAGGCUUCCACGGCCUCCUCAGCGGCAUCCAAAAGGAACUUCAGCAACUGUUUUCUGGCACCAAACAGCAGGACACUCAGAGCUCAGGUCACUGUAGAUAUGAAACAAUAAUCAAUGUAUCAAUCAAACUGACCCCUACUACUGUUGUCACUCAGUAUGUGCGGGUGAUGCCACCAGGCGUCCAGUGUUAUGAGCCUGGGCCCUUCUUCCCAACCAUUCCUCGUCAUGUGACCAGGAUCCUGUUCCGUGAAUAUGGCUGGCCAGAGAAGGAGCCAAUCAGAGUGCGGUAUCGCUUGUUGCAGUUGACCUACCACAUGGAUGACUACUCAUCAAAAGGGUCAAGGUUGAUCUCACUUAGGAAGCUUCACAGAAACCAACAAGCAAGAAUGACACAAGACUCCAUUCAACCAGUAUGCACAGACAACUUGGAGGAGUUCUGGGACUAUGAACACCAGGUGGAUCUGGAGGCAUUCAGCAGCAACACCUUCUAUAGCCUCCUGCUCAAACAGAGUCUGUCUGUCACCACACGGCUGGGACAGCUCAGCACUGAGGUAAAGCAGCUGUACCAGGGAGUGCUUGGGAAACUGCAGCUACUCCACCCACGCUUGAUCACUGAGGAGAGGAUGGGGGAAGGUUAUGAGAGGAUGAGGAGGGAGGUGGAGAGGGAGGUGGUGCGACGAAAAUCUCUGGCCUCACAGCUGAGGACUCUACUUGACAGUCAGCUCCAGGUUUUGAGGCGAGAGCAGCAAACACAGCAGAGGGUCUACAGUGCGUUCACAGCUCAGCUCCGAGAGUGCAUGAGACUACUGGGCAAGGUUUAUAGCAACAACCAGCCAUCAUGUGAACAGCAGCAUCAAAAUUUGAUCCAGAGGCUAACAUCCCUGGUGGAUGAGAUGGGAGAGCUGGCAUCAGCAGAGUGCCAGCGUCAGGGGGCCUGGGGGUUGUUGGGUGAAGGCACAGGGGCCAAGCUGCUCUGUCCUGACACAGGAACUGUGCUGACCAAGGACUACAUCUUUGCUCCUGAUGGGGAGUUGCGUGUCUGUCGGGCAGUUCAUUGUGAUUCAGUCACAGGUCUCAUGAGGACAAACGCUCACAGCCAUAUGCUGCUGAGCAGCGGCCACACCAUGGCAGUGCCGCCGGAUUUCUUCCUCCACCCACAGACUGGACGGGUUAUUCCCAUCACUGGCAACGUGGCCUAUGAUCCUGCCAGCUCUACUUUAGUGUUCACAACUGACUCAUGUACAGGAGACAACAGGAAGUGGGACAGUCCCCUCCUUCCUUUCAUUCCAUACCCAACCUCCUGCCACUCCAACCAGCCUCUACCCAGCACUCGGCUCAGAGGCCUCAGACCAGGCCAGAGACUACAGCUGGGCGCACCCAUGGCAGACCCAGACACAGGGAUCCCAGUACCCAUUCUGGCUGUCACCAUCCACCCCCAGACCGGACUAGUCUACCCACUGGGUGGGGUGCAUGUCUGCCCCCUCACCCACCUACUGCAGCCCAUACAGAUUGGCUAUCCCAUGCUGGACCCCAGGACAGGGAACAUCGUUCUCACUGUUGGGGUCAGUCUAGAUCCAGUAACAGGAGUUGUGCUGCCAGUAGGUGGAGUUCUGCUGGCUGAGUCCUUCAUUGAACCUCUGAGUGGGCGGAUGGUGAGAGUAGGAGGGGCGAGCAUACGAGCAGGACAAGUUGUGCCUACUGCAGGAGGAUACCAGGCUCUUCUAGACAGCAAGGUUCUGGCUGUGAUAUUCAAAGUAGUGGAGCUCCUGAAGCCACUAACUGAGGAGUGGGGAUCAGAUCCAACUUUGCAGUAUCCACAGCCUCAUCAGGGAAGUGAGCAAGGGAGUGGGCGGCAAGAUAAUCUUUCUGCUGCAGCCAAGGAGCUCCAGCAGGCAUGGGGAAGGAGUCUGCACUGUCAGCUGCAGUUGCAGACCAGGUUGGAGAUCUUGCUGGACUGGGCUGUGGAUGUCCAGCAGGAUGGAGGAGAGAUGCAUCUCUCAGGCUCAGAUAUGUGUGUGCCAGCUCUGCUGGGGAUGGAGUACCCUGACCCAAUGGGAUCUAGUCUUAGUGUACCUGUGUUGGGGUGUCAGACUGACCUCAUGUCUGGGAUUACAAUACCGCUGGCAGGGACCAUGGAGGACCCAGAUGGCAAAGGUCUAGUGGCAAUUCGUUAUGGAUUUCAGACUGUCGACCCGGUAACAGGGGUGUUGGCCCCAGUGGUUGGAGCCAGGCUGGAUGUGUCCAGAAAAACUGUUGUACCUGUUACAGCAUCCUACUGGUUAACAGUAGCAGAUCAAACAGACAGUGUGCAGGUAGAGGCGCUGCAGAGAGAAGUGUGUUUGCGAAACACUUACUGGCAGCAGCAGAGGCAGCGGGAGGAAGAUAUUCUCUCAGAUCUGAACUCAGCUCUACUCCAGUAUCCCUUUAGAGUCACAGAAGAUAACUCUUAUCAGGUCCAGUGGUCAGGGAGGCAGCUGAGGGAAGCAGCUGUGGAGCUGCAGGAUUCAGCGCAGACUGAGGCCCAGAGGAGAGCAGCUCAGCACUCCCACUUGGCUCUGAUCUUGCCUCCACAUGUAUUACACAUCCUCACACUAGGUGACGAGGAGGAGUGGGAUCAGCAGUGUGUUUGGCACUCAGAGCUGGUGUCAGGCCUUGAUAAGGUGGAUGUAUGGGUGGAGCAGCUGCAACAAGACCAGGACAAAUGGACAACACAAAAAGGGGACUGGGCAACAACUCUCCAUGUAAUGGACAGAGAACUGAGACAGAGUGAGUUGUGGGAGCAGUGUUGUUCCAGACAGACAGAGUUGGAGGGUGCCCUUAAUGCGCUACAUUUUGUCAGACACCUUUCUCAGCUCCGUGCUGACACUGCUCAGGCAGUACUGUGUGGGAACUUUUGGUACAGGGAAUAUGGUCUGGUCCAGUGCAGUGAGCACAGACCAACUGUGAAUGUCAUGAGUUUGCUCCAACAGAAGGCUCUACCUCUGCUGGAGAGACUGAACCAGCUCCUGGAAGAUAAACAGCCUGCCAGCUUCUCACCUAACACCUGCCAUCGGCACAUUUCUGGUUUGUCAACAAAGCAGGCGUAUGGUAUGGAGAUAGCCUCCAGAGUUUGGACAGCCUCUGUGCCUGUGGUGAAAGGAAUCUCCACCCAGUCUUUGAGGGAGCCUAUCAAAGCUCAGUCCCAGGACACUGGUCUGCAGGCCAGUUCAGCACCAACACACAACUCAACAAGACACACCACAUCUUCUGGAAUUCACUCCCAGGAGAGCCAACCUCUGAAAGAGUCUGCUCAGCCUGCACAUAUCUCUGUCCCCACAAUUUCAGAAGAGGAAUGGACCAGGCUGCUGGAGCUUUCUCCUCUGUUCCAGCUGUUGAAGGGCGUGGAGCUACAGCUUAAGUGUUGGGCCUGUGGGGCAGGGCUUGUUGGAGAAGAUCUCGGUGACAAAGGCAAGAAGAGUUUUGUAGACAUCCUUGAUGCUCAGUGGGAAUGUGAGGGAGAGCUGAUUCCUUUGGAGCCCUCAAUCCUCAACCCCAGAGAAUUCCUGGUCUACCAGCACGGACUAUUCCUGAUGCACACAUUACACAGUCUAAAACUGACUCCAGCCAUUUCACUUCAGAUAGCAGCUAGUCUUCCAAACAACAACUACUUCAAUAACGCCUUCAGAAAUUCCUUCUUUUAUCAGGAGGCAGAGGAGGCGCUUUUUGUCCGUCGCCAGAGGCUCCAGUCGGUCGGAGGCUUCUCUUUGCUCCUGCUCCACUGUCUGUCCCAUGUCAAAAUUAAAGACAUGAGCUCUGACUCCAGUCCUGCCUUCCAGAGGCUUUUCUUUAAGGUACUGCAGGCAGGUCUGGGGGAGCUAUUUCAGGCAAGACUGGGUGUGUGCCACUCUACACAGGAAGCCAAUUUAUGUGUUUGGUUCCAGGACCAAGAGGCCCCUUUGGGGAAUCUGUCAGGCUCUCAUGCUGCUUCUCUGCUUGACAGGCUACAAAAACCAAGCAGAGGAUUGCUUUCUCAAGAUGAAGUUGAGGAACUUCAGAGGAUGCACAGAGAAACAUCUCUGUUCUCCCAUCUUGAAGGACUUUUGAGAGAGAAGAGCUCUGCAGCAGAGAAAAACGAAAACCAGAUUUGGUCUACUUCUGGACCCAACAUGAUCUCCUAAAUUCAGCAUCAAUGUUUGCUGACAAAGAGGAACUAAAGGAGAAGUGAAAGAAGAUUCAUCGUUAAAUAUUUAGGGAAAACAGGAAGAACAACAGUUUCAUUUUUAUGUGAUAGUUCAUGUUGGA